UUCCAAUUAAGUCCGACUUUUUCUGAUGGACUACCUCAGACUCGAAGUGUCAGCCACGACGAGGCGCCCUCCUCGCCACGCUCGGCGCGUGAGUCUUCAGAGGAUAUCAACUACGGUCAAGAGGCCGCGAGACAUUUGAGCGAGGAGCAGACGCAGGUAGGGCUUGGUGCUGGAAAGGUCGGAGGUACAGCAUUGCAUAAGUUCUUCCUUUGGCCAGAAAUUAACUACAAACGUGUCACAGAAGAACAACUACACAACGAGGCCUUAGCGACAUACUCUGGUCUAGAUAUGUGCGAGAAAGCCACCAUGAAAUAUGACAAGGAAUUUUCCACCGAGGAUGUCACAGAUGACGAAGACUUGAUGAAGAAAUUUCGAGUUUUCACAAAUGUACAUCUUCAGCUACUGCAAGAGCACCAAGACUUAUUGUCGUUGUGUUCGAACUCAGAAGCAGGCCCCAAAGUGAAGAGCAUGCCUGAUACAUACAUGCUGACAAUUCGCUUGUGGCGUCACGGAAUCCAUGAUUACCUAGAGAUAAUGCGUCACCAUCUCCCGGAGUCACUUGAUUACAUGCUACUUUUCAUCCAUCACAGCUACUCCAUGCUGGCUAAUCUGCUAGCACAAGCCCCUGCAUAUGAAGAGACCUGGAUGGAGUGCCUGGGCGAUCUUUCGAGGUACAGAAUGGCCGUGGAAACCACUGAUGCGCUGGAGCGUGAGCUGUGGGCUGGCAUUGCAAUGGCGUGGUACAGCCGAGCAGCUGAUCGGAACCCGGAUGUGGGCAAAUUUCACCAUCACCUUGGGGUCAUAGCUCGACACGAUAUCAACCAGAAACUUUUCUAUUACACAAAGUCACUUCUUGUCGAGCAGCCAUUUCAGGGUACAGUGACAAGUAUCCUCGACAUAUUCAGUCCUUUCCUUAAAGACUCUGAAGCAAUGCACCGCAUUCCACCUGUUGGCGCAUACAUUGCUGCCCACGCAUUUCUCUUUAUUGGAGACUUUGGCAACAAACUUUGCCGAUCUGUCAACACAUUUUUGUCACAUUUCAAUAAGUAUGUGACCCAUCUUAGCCAGACAUUUACGAUGCAAGGUUUCUUCAUCUCAGCUUGUAACAUCGCGGCAAUAUUGGGGUACGGGAAUCAAGAUUCGCUGUUAGCACCCGAGUUUGAUGCAUCGAAUGAGCUUGGACCACUCAAUCCCAGAGAGACUCCACCAUCAGUCGCUUCUCUAUUGACUCCGCCCGAAGACCUUGAGAAGAUAAAGACAGACUUUCUCGCCUCCAGAGACUCACCAGACCUGACACCUACCCUGUUCUACGGCUCAUACAUGACAUACAAAACUAUAUCGAUGCUCCUUGAUCGAAUUGGAGACCGUCACAUUUACGCAGCCUGUCAUGUCUAUCUUGCCUUUUUAUGGUGUCUUGCGUUGACUCCAAACGGGAUGAAACAUAUGGAGGCCGUCGUACCGUGGCGAAAAAUUGCAAUCUUCCUCAAUUCUUUGUUUCGCAGCUACAUCAAACCAGACAUCGCCGAAAAGUCUGAAUUUCCAGUCUCUGAGGAAACGACAUGGGUAGCCGAAGAUUUCCUCAUCAGGGGACAAUGCUGGAGCCAACGCUUGUAUCCUCCGUCAUUCUUUGAUGGUGCACCUAGUCCGGAUGACGGAAGACAUGUUGAGCUGCCGUCUCGUGAUAUCACGAGAAUGUACAGGUGCAUAUGGCUGGGCGUCAGACUCUCCAUGUUCAAACGAUGGAUUACCUACGAUUUUGAUACUCGCACGUUCUCUACGACGAGCUUCGUCUCGGAUCUAGAACGGCUUGCCGAGCAGUACGAUCCAUUUGCA